AUGGGCCCACAAAGUGGUUUCCAUGAUACCUUAGUGCCUGCAGCACCGAUGCAUAGCCCUACAAAUCACGGGAUGGCGCUAGGUGACUCUACUUUACCAAGCAAUGAAACAGAACCCAGCAGUCUGAUUUAUGUUCCUUUAUUUGGUCUUAAGUACGCACAGCAGUUCAUGUACAGCAGUGGCUUCGAUUCUAGUCAUCGAGUGCGGCUGAAUUUUGACGAUCCUAGGGGUUGUUUGCCUAAGGGAGUGAAUAUUUUUUCGUCAGACCCGUGCUUAGACGGCCAUGCUUACAGGCGCUGCCUUUCUGGAUUUUUGACUGCCGAGUUAUCAUGUUCACCGCCUCUUUUUCUGGAGCUUCUGGAAGAAAAAGCGGCUAAUGAGGACUCGGAAUCGUCAGAGGAGGACAUUUCCGAUGCAGCAUUCAUUCGGCGUCAUGUGAUAAUGGAAGCGCUCGAGCGGAUACAUGAGCACAGUGCUGCACACUCCUUAUCGUCAAGAGUGCAUGCGCCGGUUUCUUGUCUUGCAACUCAUAUGGACGACACGUGGCUUAACGCUUCAGUUUUUUCCGCAAUUGAGGAUGCCUUGUCUCUAAGUAGUGAGGAGCUUUCUCAAGAUAGAACGACAUACUAUUAUGAGCACAGUACAUCGGCAAGUGCAUUUCUUCUCUCUGGAAAGUUUGUAAGGCUUUUGAGUCCUCAAAUAGAAACGCGAUUCUGCCAUUUUGACUUUGUCUUGCCAGAUCCUAGCACUCGCAGAGUGAUGGUCACAAUCUACCCUGAACCAGAAUACUUUGCUCGUUAUGCUAGCGAUAUUUAUGUCAUAGCUGAUGACAUCUCUGAGCACAAGGCGUAUGGCGCUUUGUCAAGGGUCCAACGGGAAGAACAUGCAAAGGAAGGAGCAGAGCAAUACGGCUCUAAGAGGUCUAGGAAUUACACUCAGGAUAUGGAAGCCUGCGACACCGUUCGAAACUAUGCCUCCCACCGACUGCUUACCUCGACGAUGUUUACUUACGUCCACUCAGCAUACGAGCACUGGCUCGAUGUUAUCGAAAAGCUUUUCAUGGGACCCUGGUCCAAGUCUGCUAGUUUUCUACGACUUUGUUCACAAUUUAUAGAGUGCAAAGUAUUUGGGUCUCUAUCCCAGGAGCACUUUGCUACACCAGAAGACGUAUACCUGGCCCAGUCACUAACUUGCGGGAUCAGGGGGAUUGUCUGUGAUGUCUUCAACAGCUUUGGAGGCAAUGUCACAGCAUUGCCAGAACUACCAGCAAACGAGCUUUUAGGACAAAUCAAUGAGGCGAUCAGUGCUUCAAAGAGCAUGCAUGAUAUUCUUUCUGCUGUGGAUGUCUUCACAGCCAAGGAUGCUCAAGGAAAAGAAUCUAGCUUUGUGGAGUCUUUCCAUGUAGACACAGCUAAACCCACAUCAGUCUAUGAGCUCGCUGAAAAAGGAGUCUAUAAUUUAAAAGACGCUCAACCUGGUUUCUUGGAUUUAGAAUCGUUGCCGGAGCAGGACCAGGUCGGUGGCCUUGAAAAGGACAUCCCAAACAAACAAGUAUUUUCAGCGCCAACUACACCAAGAAUCUUAGAAGCUGUUGCCCAGAGGUGUAUGAACGAAUUUUCUGAUUUGUUUUGCCACCCUCCUCUUACUACAGGUCCAGGGAUGAAACUUACUGGCUUCGAAAGUAACUUUCCUCAUGCGAUAAGGGCUCUUAUAGAGUUAAAGGGUGGAAGCCAUGCAUUCUACACACUUACUUCCAUGGAAGAAAAGCUUCGCUAUCUUAUGCCACUCGUGCUAGAUCGACUCUAUACCUACCAGCACUUCACUACAGCUACCUUUUUUUAUGAUUCCCUUUUAGAACACAUGCGAGCAUGCACUCAGGAGACUCUUCUCCAAACUCAUGAUCAUGUUUGCUUGGAUAUUCCAUCUGCGCACGCAUACUACAAAGCUAUUUGUCAGAUGAUUUUGCGCUUCAAUAACAUUCUCCUGCGCACUUCUCAGGCACAACAUAACGGACUCCUUCUUGACGGCAUGGAGGCGAGAUCGGUAUCGUUUGUCGCGUCCUGUACUUGGCCUGAGGGCUGUGUACAUGGAACCCCUUCUACUGUGUCGUUGACGAUCAGGCCACUGUGUCCUUGUUACUUCUGCAAUAUGGUCGCUAUGGAUGAAACAGAUCUUUGUGUAGACCGUGCAUAUUCAACAUGCAAGGCAUGCUUAUGCAAGUCCGGAGGAAGCUCUAUUAAAGCGCAAUCUACCACCGAUAUGCAAGCUGGCAAGAUGGACACAAAGCAAGCGUCUGCAGGGGCGACGCUAUCUAUAAGCUAUAGAGAUUUGUGUGCAUCGUUUUUGGGCGAGGAAACACCCAACAGACGAGACAACCUCGUAGCUGAAGCUUCUAUCUUGCGCCUUAUUGGAUUGGCCAAACAAAGCAUGGGAUCCAAUGUAACACCAUUGCUAUCAACCGAUCACAUAGAAGAGGCGCUCUUGUCAAAAGAAAACGAUUCAGAACAUAACCUUCAAUUCCUUAAGCUUUCCCUGGAUGGUAAUGUAGAGGGCAAGAUUAGAAGCUUGGACGGCUAUCUACCUCGAAGGCUCUCAAUGAAGCACGCUCUCCUUAUUUAUCUCACACUUCUUCCAGACUGCUCCGUGCGGGCCUUUGUCUGUAGCUUUCUACAAACGCGCUUGAGGGAACGGAUCGCAACCAUCUUCAGCCAAUCCAUGGACUUGAUAUCUAUACCCCCUAGUAAGCACCAGGUGCGCCGCAACCCAAAGCUAUCUGUCGCUGAGCUGUCUUCUGAUUCAGAAGAUAACCAUAGCAGCGCGCUAUCAUCAUCGGGGAUGGAUUCCGGGCAAGGCUGGACUCAGCGUGGCUGGACGGCGGCUCCUCACAGACACACUCGGGGCAAUAAUCCAAGGGACGGCCUAGAUGAGCUUAACUUAGGACAAACCGAGAUAAUAGAAUACAUCCCGUCGUGCAUCCAUAGGGUACAAUCCUUGACGAGCAGCCGCGAUUUUGACUUUGUUGCACAGCAAAACACUUACCAGCACACACGUCACCUCCGACGGGUACAGGCAGGUCUGCAGCGGCUACGUGACCGACUACUGGAGCACGAGCCGUUGGUCGCAAAUGCCCAUGCUUCAACACGGAAGCGGCGGAGGCGAGGGCGUGCAUCCGGAAGGGUAAUGCUUGCAGAAGACGUCCUUGCGCUGGAGGGCUUUUCUAACGAUCCCUUACGGGCCAUGGCCAUCCAGUCAGCGGAGGCGCUCGAGGCCAUCAGAGCAGAGCCCACCCUAGCCCCCGGGCCUUCUAGGGUGACACCGAUGAUGUGGGCUUCUCACCUCUACGGACCCAAGGUGCUCUGGGAGGCCUACCAUCAGAUUAACUACGGAAAUCACACUGAUGUGCCCCCUGUGACGCUAGAGCGGGGGCUGUGGGCUCCGUCCCGGGCCCGACUACUCCCUGCACACGGAGAGCGGCGGUACCGUACGCUGGGCUCCGUCGAGGGCCUGGCGCUGGCCGGGCACACGAUCACCGUCUCGGGGCUGGGCAGCGGAGAGGCAGGCCUUGCCGAGGGGCCCGUGCAGGUCCGCUCCCAGCUCCCCGACCCGACGCACACACGCCUCGCCUUCGACGACGUCCUCGCCGCUCUUCUGGGCCUCCAGGAGGGAGGGGAGAUGGAGAGAUGUAAUAGUAGCAACGUUGUACCAACUAUCUGUGAAUGA